AUGGAUCAACUAAUUCCUCUUAUCAACGAAAUUCACAAUAUUUUACACAGAACAAAUCUUUCAAAUGAACUGAGAUUACCUCAGAUUGUUGUUAUUGGUUCUUAAUCAUCUGGUAAAAGUUCAGUUUUAGAAAGCAUUAUAGGCAAAGAUUUCUUGCCUAGAGGUAAAGGAAUUGUAACACGUCGUCCUAUCGAAAUUUAGUUGACUAAUAUUUCUAGUGGAGAAGAGUAUGCUGAAAUAUUGGAUCGUAAAGGAGAAAAAGUAACAGACAUGGAAGUACUGACUAAAAUUAUAGAAGAUGAAACAGAAAAAGUUGCAGGUAAACAAAAAGGUGUUUCUGGAGUACCUUUAAAAAUUAGAUUUUAUAGUAAAAACGUUGUAGAUUUACUUCUAGUUGAUCUUCCUGGUAUAACAAAGAAUCCCGUUGGAGACUAGCCAGCUGAUAUUGAAUAAAAAUUGCUUGAAAUUGUUAAUCCUUACAUAGCUAAUCCAAAUUCAAUUAUUUUGGCUAUUUCGAAAGGAACUGAUGAUUUAGCAAACUCAGAAUCUUUGAAGUUGGCAAGAGAAUUUGAUAUUAAUGGUUAGAGGACAAUAGGAGUUAUAACAUAAAUUGAUUUAUAAGAUUUCGAAAGUGAGAAUGCCCUAAAUGAUAUUACGAAUAAAACAUAUCCUCUUAGACUAGGAUAUGUUGGAGUCGUUAUGAGAGGAUAAAACUAAUUAAAGACCAAAACAAUCCAAGAGUAGAUUGUUGAUGAAGCAGCCUUUUUUGAAAAUCACAGCGUCUACAGAAAGGUUGCUGAUAAAAUGGGUAUUCCAUAUCUUAUAAAGACUCUCAAUCUAAUCUUUAUGAACCACAUUAAAAAAUGCCUGCCAAAAAUAAGAGAAAACAUUAUCAGAUUAAUUUAGAUAAAAGAAGAUGAGAUCAGAUAAUACGGUGAUUUUACAUAUUUGGAAGAUAAAACAUCUAAGGGAUAUUUGUUACUUAACUUGGUUUCCAAAUUUGCUAACAAUUUUAAUGACUUGAUUCAUGGUAAGUAUCUAAAGUCAAAUAAUGAUGAACUUAUUGGUGGAGCAAGAAUAAAUUAUAUAUUCAAUAAUAUCUUUAAAAAAUGUGUGCUUGAAGUUGAUCCUUUUGAUUAGCUUUCAGAUGAAGAUAUUAGAACUGCUAUCAAAUCUUCUAACGGUAUAAGAUCCUCUCUUUUUGUUCCAGAAGGGGCAUUUGAAAAUUUAGUUAAACAAUAGGUAUCUCGUUUAUACUCACCCUCUAUUUAGUGUUCUCACCUUGUUUACGAAGAAUUAAGGAGAGUAAUAAACUUAAUUAACAUUCCAGAAAUAGAAAGAUUCGAUAAUCUUAGUAAUAAGAUUUUUGAAGUCAUGGAAGAUGUUCUCAGCAGAUGCCUUACCCCAACUGAUUAAAUGAUUAAAAAUUUGAUCGAAAUAGAAUUAGGAUAUAUUAACACAAAUCAUCCUGAUUUUGUUGGAGGAAUGAGUUUAAUAUAAACUCAGUCUGAUAACAUGAUAGUAAAUGAAGAAAAAGCAGUUCAAAAAUCUAACAAUGGUUAACAAAAUCAAGAUAAAAACAAAUAAAAUAAUGUAAAUUCUUCGAAAAUUGAAGAGGAAUCUGAAGAAUCUGAGAGUUUUUGGUCUUGGCUUCCUUUCUAAAAAUCAAAUAAGCAAACAGAAAUGCUUGAUAGCAAGUUGAAAAUGAUGAACUUAAAGAAAAAGAAUGAGGAUCUUAAAAGCUAAAAUUCUCUUAGUGAAACAUAAAGUAUUCCAGACCAAUAAAGAAAAAGAAAUUACGAUAUCAAUAAAGAAUUAAAUUUAGAUUAUUCUAUCACUAAUUUUGGAAUGUAUAUCCCUCGUUAAAAUCUCCCACCAGUUCCUAAUGUGAUCAGAGUUUCUGAAAAGCCAUCAAAAAAAGAAGCAACUUAAACCGAUAUGAUUAAGAGUCUUAUCGUUUCAUACUUUAACGUUGUUAAGAAAAAUAUUAAUGAUUCAAUUCCCAAAACAAUUAUCAGCUUUUUGGUCAACAGAGCAUUAAAUAUUUGUGAAAGAGAGCUAGUUAACUCAAUCUAUCACGAAGAGUUAUUUGAUAACUUGCUUUCUGAAAAUACUUACAUCUUGCAAAACAGAGAAGAAACAAAAUAAUAAUUGAAGGUAUUGAGACAGUGCAUGAAUGUUAUAAACGAUUUAGAUGCUAAAUUUUGA